GAAAGAGUGAAGAGAUGAAGACCAUAAACUAAACCCUCCAAAUCCUCAAAACCUAGAGCUCACCAGAUCCCUUCCUCUCCCCCACCUCCCGUUCCCCGCAUUUCUACCAGAAGCGAAGCAUAUGGCGUCCUCCUCCGCCUCCUCGUCGGCUUCCGCCCUCGUCCACCUCCUGGGCCCGGCUCACCUUGGUGCCCCACCCUGUGGGUGGCGGAACCACCCGCGGAUGCGGCGGCCCCGCCACGCGACCGUGCGGUGCUCGUUCGCGCCGGUGGAGACGGCCAGGAUAAAGGUGGUGGGAGUCGGCGGCGGCGGCAACAACGCCGUCAACCGCAUGAUCGGCAGCGGCCUGCAGGGUAUUGAAUUCUAUGCUAUAAACACGGAUUCACAGGCGCUUAUUAAUUCACAAGCGCAAUAUCCUCUCCAAAUUGGAGAGCAGUUGACUCGUGGUCUAGGUACUGGUGGAAAUCCUAAUUUGGGAGAGCAAGCGGCCGAGGAAUCAAGAGAAGCCAUAGCCAAUGCCCUCAGGGAUUCAGAUCUUGUCUUCAUAACAGCUGGAAUGGGAGGGGGUACUGGAUCCGGUGCUGCUCCAGUUGUUGCCCAGAUAUCAAAAGAAGCUGGUUAUCUUACUGUUGGUGUUGUCACCUAUCCAUUCAGCUUUGAAGGCCGUAAGCGCUCUCUACAGGCACUGGAAGCAUUAGAGAAGCUGGAAAAGAGUGUAGACACACUUAUUGUGAUUCCAAAUGAUAAGUUAUUAGAUGUUGCCGAUGAAAACAUGCCCUUGCAAGAUGCGUUUCUACUUGCAGAUGAUGUCCUUCGUCAGGGUGUGCAAGGAAUAUCAGACAUUAUCACGAUACCUGGACUAGUCAAUGUUGAUUUUGCCGAUGUGAAAGCUGUCAUGAAAAACUCUGGAACUGCCAUGCUUGGUGUUGGUGUUUCUUCCAGCAAAAAUCGGGCACAAGAAGCUGCUGAGCAGGCAACACUUGCUCCUUUAAUUGGAUCAUCCAUCGAGGCAGCUACCGGUGUCGUGUACAAUAUCACUGGUGGGAAGGACAUCACUUUGCAAGAAGUGAACAAGGUGUCCCAGAUUGUGACAAGCUUGGCUGAUCCUUCUGCAAACAUAAUUUUUGGGGCCGUUGUUGACGACCGUUACACUGGUGAGAUACAUGUGACGAUCAUUGCAACAGGAUUUCCACAGUCCUUCCAGCAGUCCCUUUUGGCUGAUCCGAAGGGAGCAAGGAUAGUGGAAGCCAAAGAAAAGGCUGCAAGCCUCGCCCAUAAAGCAGCAGCUGCUGCAGUUCAACCAGCACCCGCUUCCGCUUGGUCCCGAAGGCUUUUCUCCUGAGCGCAGUUCGUUAGGCAAAUUACCUUGUGAAGCUGUGAUUCAUAGGGCGUUAGAGAACUGGCAUUUGGUGUCCCGAGGGCUCUUUUUAGCUGUCUGAAGAUUAUAGCUUGGGUUAGUGUCCCGUAGUGGUUAGAUUCAGUUUCGAUGUGUGUAUUGCUUGUCUGUGGUUCAGCACAAAUAGAAGAGUGCCGUGUUCAGCAUAUCACUACUUUUGCAGAAGAUCUUUGACUGCUUUUACUGCAACAACCUUGUGUUGAAUUGUUUCAUGGAAGGAAAAACUGGUUUCGUGACA